UUAUAUUGCUUAAUUUGCAUGUGCAUUGUUCUAAUUUAGGAGUGGUGUGGUUAAUGUGCAAACUGAAGUGUUUCCCAAAGCAAAAGUGGAUUUCAAUUGAGUUAACUAUUGGACACUUCAUGUACUUAACAUACAACGUUGCUUAAGUAUGGAGUUAUGCGUUCACCACCGCAGUGCCAUACCAGCAGUUAUUGGGGUGGGCCAGUAAAUUUGGGUGGAGAUUUUAGGAGUACUAGGGUAGCAAAGUUAGUGUUUGAUGGAACCUAACAAAAAAUGAAGUUAUACACUAGAUGUGUAGUGAACUUUGCAUAACAGAAGUGCAUUUUAUUAGGUGUAAGAGGCUUACACUGAAUUUCAACACCAUGUGCUUUCUACACUCACCGUAUGAGUGCUUGGGAAACAUUUUGAGGGCUGUUUUAACCAAAAACUACAAUGGUAAUUGAACAAUAUAGUCCAGUGAAAGUAGGGAAGUCUGCACCACAGCCGUGUCUUCCCCAGAAACAAAAUCACCAAUCAGAAUCCAGUAAUAGACCUUGAGUUGCAGGCACCAAAAAUUCAGCCUAUGCUUAUGAAAUGUUAUUUGUUGGUGUGAGAUUUUUAUAGUUCUCACUUUUUACAGCUAUGGUUGGGAAAAGUCUACUGAGGUUCCUAUGCAUUAUGUCCUAUAAAAACUAAAAUCAAGAGAACAGAAUUCUGGGAACAUGUGAGUUACCCAGAGACCGUUUUAAUGCUGUGAUGCUGUAAGUUUGAACAUUAAUAAGGUUUAUAAAUAUUUAGUGUGAAACACUGAGGGGGAAAAAAAUCUGGAUUCUGUUAACCCCCUAUUUUAAGUUUGAAAAGCCCUAAUUAGUCAAAUGACAUCACUGUUCAUGAGAAUAUGAGACUGUACUUUGAUAGUCCACUUUAAACAUUAUACCAUAAGUAACUUUGCAAAUACUUGUCAACUAUCAGUUAUAUUAGACUAUAUGCAGAAUAUCUGCUUGCACUUUAUUUUGAUGGUCCGCCAAUAGAGAAACUUUGCAAGUACAUCAACUUUUACUGCUAAACCCUAUGCAUUUGCCAAGUCAUUGAUAGUUGGUAGCAUGUCUAAAGUGGACUGUCAAAAAAAAAAAAGUGCAACCACAUGAUUUGAUUGACAGGAAAGUUUCUGUUAGAUAUGAUCUGCUGGUAAAAGUUAUGAAAUAUUUGAACCUCCCACUGUUUUUAGUUAAAUACAGUGUCACUUUGAAACUGCUCUCAAUUAAGCGUUCUGUUGCAAGCUCCCUGACUCACUCUUUUAGUUCAAUACUCAGUCCAUUUGUGGAUCGGGGGCAGUUUUCCAUGAAUAAUGCACCCUGACAAAGACAUGCCAUUAUUUCAGCUGAUGGGCCUUUAUGAAAUAUGUCUAUCAAUGUUAUUGAUGUUUUAGUCAAAGACCAAUGGACAUAUUUCAGCAUUAAUGCACUGCAUUAUCAAGGCACAGAUUUACCAAUGAUGAGCAUGGUGCUUAAUGCAAAAAAACAAAAACAAAAGUGUGUAUAAAUAUUUAUAUAAAACAAUAGAGUUGACAUUUUCUAAAAUAAUGCAAUCUUAAAAUGUUGUUUAUGACCUUAGGCUCCACACUAUCAUCUUAUUACAAAAUCAGUGUUGCAUAGACUCAUGGUUUAGCCUUAAAACAUUAGACUUAUGGCACAGCGUGUCCUUUCAUUUACUGUACGUGUGUUUAUGCAUGCACUUUAAAGCUGUUCAAUUCUGUUGAUAAGAAUGAGGACAGAGGAUUAAGAGACUUUAGUUGUUUAGUUCAGAUAGCGGUUGCACAUUUACUCUUCCGUACACAACACUGACCUCGACCUCUUUCUCUUUAACACAGAAUAUAUCACUGUGAUUUAUUAAUCUUAUAGCACCAACGAGUGUUGUCUAAACCGUUUGUUCAUCUCAAUAAAACAUCAUUUACGGCUCCUGUUGUCUAUAAAUACCAACUUUGACUGUCCUCUAAUCCCAGAGGUGUGUUAGGAGUGCAAAAGGGAUGAGAGGAAGGUAGAGGUGUGGAUAAAGAGGGAGGUGGGAGUUCAAAAGUAUGGGAGGGUUAGUGUGCAUGAAUCCUGAUGGUCCUCUGGCAGACUGACCAAAGCCGAAUUGAUUCGCUCCUCCCGUAUAAACAGAGAGCAACAGGGACAAAAGAGGCUUAAGACUGAAAAGCAAGCAUUUCACUUUGAGAUUAAGAGACAGUGGCAGACUGAAAUCACAGAGAGACAAACACUGAGACUGGCAGAGGAAGUGAAUGUCUAAGAGAAUGAAUGGCUCGUGGAUGGGGUCUAUCUCUGUCCCGUCCUCCAUCCCUCACGCCUUCCACUCACAGCUCUCUUCAUCCGCUGACCUCAGCAUAGCCAUCUUACUCAUCAUCACAGGUGCGGUGUCGGUGGUUGGGAAUGGGCUGGUGUUGCUGGUUUACGGACAGAGGAGAAAGAAGCUCAGAGCGCACGAGCUGAUGACCAUCAAUCUGGCCGUGUGUGAUUUCGGCUACAGCCUGCUGGGGGCGCCAUGUCUCAUCAUCUCAAGUCUGUCGCAUGCAUGGAUUUUUGGGGAAACAGGAUGUAUGUGGUAUGGGUUUCAGGGCUUUGUUUUUGGCAUUGGGUCUCUCAUCACUACCUGCCUUAUCUCCCUCGACCGCUGCUUCAAGAUCUGUAGCUUUCAGUAUGGUCAGUGGAUUGAGAGAAAACAUGCCUCUCUGUGUGUGGCUCUGGUGUGGAUCUAUACAUUAUUCUGGGCCUUACUUCCUGUGAUUGGCUUUGGUAGUUACGGCCCAGAACCAUUUGGAACCAGCUGCACCAUAAACUGGUGGAGAAUGAAGUCUUCACUCAAGGAUAGAGUCUAUAUUUUCCUGAUCAUGUCACUCUGCUUUGGAGUUCCCACCAUCACUAUCAUCACUUCAUACCUCGCUAUACUCAUCAAGGUGUAUCUGUCUGGUCGUGUACUGGCUUCAAUCCCUUCAUCAAAUGUCACUCACAACAGCAAAGAUCUCCGGCUGACAAAGAUAGCAGCAGUGGUGUGUUCCUCAUUUCUGAUUGCCUGGACUCCCUAUGCGAUCGUUUCGCUCUACUCUGCUCUGACUGCUAGAGAGGAGCACACUGGAGAAGACGGAGGAAGCGCUCUCGUGAGUGGAAUGUCAGCAGGGGGGGUCGCCCAUGGCGGAGGGUUGUCCGACGUCUUUGCUUUUCCCUUCCUCAUUAACUGGACCUCUUCAGAACACUUCGGGGAUGCUUUCGGCUCCUGGAGGAAUACGACUUCUGAUCAUUCAGUAGGGUAUCAUGGAUCAAGUUCAACUGUGGGUUCUGCACAUGGAGGACAGAAUGGACAUGAAUCACAUCUUGUGUCCAUCCUGAAGCCAGAGGUCUCACUCAUUCCAGCUAUUUUAGCCAAGUCACACUGCAUGAUAAACCCCUUCAUCUACCAGAUCAUGAACCGUGACUUUAGGGAGGACGUCUAUGAUCUCCUGUGUCUGAGAGGAAAAGAUGGAGAGAGGAGGAGAACAAGGAGCACGGACGGCAGUGAUUCUGAUGGGUAUCGUGGAAGCGUCACUCUCUCUUACAUUCACAGCUGGAGGAGAAGAAGCACAGCAACCAGUCAGUCAUCUGGGGAGCGUGUGAAGAAAGAUUCGUCACGGAAGAGUAGAGGGAGCAGAGGAAGUAGAGGUCAGAGAGGGUUCUGUCAGGACAGAGCAGCAGUCGGGUUGGCAACCUUGGAUACUACAACCUUAGAUACGCAGGUCAACUUGGAAAGAGAGAGAGGGAAGAAGGAGGUGGAAAGAGAGACGAAAAAAGAAUUAAGAGAGCCCAGCACUAACUGCUCGUUGAUGGGUGAAGAGUGAUGCUUGCUGUCUAAAUAGACAGCAACAGUUCAUAAUGCACUUAGUUAGCUCAAAAUAUCUGUUGUUUUAGUUUUGAAAAAAAUAAAAGAAAAAACAGUGUUUAUUUUUUUCCAUUAGUGUUAUCCAGUGUGUGAUUUUGCACCUAUCCAGUCUCACACUGGUGCAACACAUGAGGCUCUAGUUAGGAUUUUCAUGCUGAUUUUGUCCUCUGUGUGUUUAUAACUGGAUCCUGUGUAUUUAUUUAUUUAUUCAUUCAUAUAUAUAUAUAUAUAU